UGCACAUACAUGUAUUAUAAAUAUGUAUAGAUAACGACUAGGUUUUGUUGCUACCUAGAUGAAACAUCUGGUUUAUAUUGAUAACAUAUUGAUUUGAUAUACAAUAAAACAUAUGUGGAAAAGUACAUUUCUGGGCCUAUAUUUCAACAAUAUAGCUUUGGGUCAUUUUGUCUACAUCAUACGUAAUCUAGAUAAAUAUAUAACCAUGUGCUACUGUCCAGCUUGAUUGCGUUUUAAUUUUUGUAUUUGAUUCAAUUUCAGGUAACUGCAAUGGCGGAGCUCCUGUUCAAACUAAUUCUGAUUCUGGUAGGCGUGUCAGGAGGUGCGGCUAUACACCAUGAAUGCGGUUGGACGAUCAACAGUGGGUACCACACUGCUGAUUGCGUACAUCGGGAACUUGUAGCCAUUCCGGAUAAUCUCCCAGAUAAAAUCCAAGUGCUUCAUUUCGAGGAGAACAAUUUGCAGUAUCUGGGAGACAGUGCCUUCAGGAGAUACCUUGAUUUAGUGGAGAUCUAUCUCAAAAACAACAAAAUAGGACGAAUAUCUCCAGAUGCAUUCCGCGGGAUAAUUGCCUUGAAAAUAUUGAACUUGGAGGGAAAUAAAUUAUCGGAAGUACCGAGUGAGAUAUUUGGCCACUUUGAAUCAUUGCGGAUACUUAAUCUGAAAAACAAUCCAAUUAAGGUUCUAACAGAUUCUUCGUUCCCAAACUUGAGUUCAUUGGAGAAGCUGGUAUUGGAAAAUUGUCAUCUUAGCGUAAUACACCCUAAUGCCUUAUAUGGGCUGUCGGAGCUGAAAGAUCUCUCACUGGCUAAUAAUCAGCUUACAGAAUGGGAGUCGAAUCCAGAUACGGAGACACAAAUAUCGAAAUUGCUUGUGUUGCGAAUUUACCGCAACCCAUGGCAAUGUUCUUGUAAAAUACGAUGGCUCAAACAAUUCCUUGAUAAGUCUAAUGUUAACUGGAAUUUCGGAACCGAUACCCCUGUUUGUGCUAGACCUGCCCUCCUCACAGCUAUUAAAUGGGCUGACCUAAGGCCACAACAAUUUGCAUGCAGACCAGAGAUCCUUUCAAAUAGUUCAAACUUUGAUGUUGUUGAACAGAAAAACGCCACGAUCAUGUGUAAGAUUUACGCUGAUCCAAAACCCAGAAUCACAUGGUAUAAAGACAGUAUUCGGAUAGAUGUAUCGCAUCAGCAGACUAAAUACAAUGUUAGUGAGCCUGGCUCAACGACCUUGACGAGCUAUCUCUUCAUUACAAAACUUUCACUUUUAGACACUGGAGAGUAUAAAUGUGAGGCACAAAAUUCUGGUGGAACGGCACAAGUAUUGUUCAAACUGAAUGUAUCACCAAAACAUUUCAAUUACGAUGACUUAACGUCACUUCUCCAAGCAGGCUCAAUAUUUGGAAUCACUGCUGGAGUUCUACUUGUCAUAAUUCUCCUUGCAAUAUUAUUCAUUUAUGGAUACAGAAGAUACAGACAACGCAAACAGGAGUAUAAUAUACUGAAACUUAAACAUGAUAAGCUAAAGACAGUUAGUGAUAAACAUAUGGAUAAAGAACCAAGUCACACAAAUGGUUCUCCCUUUAAAUCCAAGCCCCAUAUACAAUAUACUGUUAUAGAUAAUAUGGACUUGGACCUGGAGCCAAUGGAUGCAUCAACACCUAUUAAGCCUACAGAUACUAUUAAUAAAGGUUCAUCAAGGGAUCUUACACCAACUAGUAUCAACUCUUCUCCAUUCCAUGAUAUAAACCCAAAAUCAGGGGUACAAACCCCUAAAUCAGGGGUACAGGCCCCUAUAUCAGGGGUACUUAAAAAGCAACAGAGUACAGAUCUAGUUGACACAUAUCCAACAUUCAACAAUCAAAAACCAAUAUACGUGAAAAAACAAACAAGUUUCGACUUACACAACACCCCAACGAGGACUAUUGAAUACACAUAUGCUCCUGUUCAGAAGCAGCCCACAAGGCCUACACUAAAUAAAAACCCAGGGAUUUUAAAACAUAGUUUUGAAUCCUCAAGAGACAGUAUAAGUGGAAGUGGGGGGUCAGACAGGGGUGGGGGAUCAGUGAUAGGCGUAGAGGCACCCCAAAAGCCACCCAGAAGCAAUAGUAAUGACCUAGAACAUACUGAUAGCGGCAGCAGUGGUAUAGGUACAAGUAGUUUAGAUGAUGGACGUGAUGGUAAAAUCGCGACAAGGUUUAUGAUGCGUCCUGGAGGUAAAGACGAAUAUGGAACAGCUGUAUAAGAAAAUUACAUAAUAGACUUGAGACUGUAAAUUAUAUAAUGCACCCUAUAAUAUAUUCAAUGAAAUCUAUGUUUGUCUAUAUUAUUUUAUAUGCAAACAAUACAGUUUUACCUGUACAGUUGAAUAGUCUUAUACAGUAUUGCCUGUUUAAGUGGAACAGCUUUGGUAUCACUAAAGGUGUUCCACUUCAGAGGUGUUCCACCUGAAGAGUCUUGGGGCUCUAAAAAGUGUUCCACUUAUAGAGGGGUUCCACUUACAGAUUCAUUCAACUUCGCAGGUUUUACUAUAUGUGUUGUACAUUCAACAAUUCUUCUGGUAGAAGUGCAUUUGAACAUUAGCUUUAUUUUAAAUGGAGCAUGUGUAAUAAAAAAAACAGUUUACAUGAGGGGGUGUGCCUCAUACAUGAAGGCACUUCUCUCUUUACGCAAACAAUGAGCUCAUAGUUUGCAAUUUUCAUCAUUCUGGGUGUUUGCUAUUUACAAGCUUUACUGUAUACUGUACAUCAUUCAGUAUUAAAGUUAUAUGAUUUAAGGUAGGCCUAUUGCAAAUUUACAGAUAUAAAAAUAGAGUAAAUUAACUAGAUUAUUCACUCCAUUUGGUCUACCUUAACAGUAAAGAAGCAGUUCUAUCAUUUUGCGAAGUAUGAACUUUACUUUCUGGCUCACAAUGUGAUUCUAAAAUGUUAAAACCAAUCUGGCAUCAAGUCUCUAUUACCCUACCCUUUGUAUUCGUUUGACUUCACUUCUUAAAAGAGAGCUUCUGUAGUUUAACUAGACUCUGCACGCAGGGUACCAUAUCUAGUACCCAUACUUUGUGCAUGUAUAACCCAGAUUUAUCCUGAUGAUCAGAUCUUAGUACUUUAGGCUGUUAAAAGGAGAGAAAUAGAUGUUGAGUAGCUGGAUUUUUAUCAUAAACAGAAGCUCUCUUUUGAGGAACCAUCAUCAAAUGAAUGGAAAGGGAAACUCAAACCUUUACUUGUAACGGUGUCCAGUGGCAUGUACAGGGUAUGAGAGAGUAUACUUGGACUUGAUGUUAAUUAUUUUGGGCAUAAUUUUGGCACCACAUCAAGGUGUGUAAAAAUAACAACAUAUGUGAAUGAAUCAGGUUUUUAUUAAGCAAUAUAUUAAUGACUUAACUCUUAAGGCAUUAAUUUACUCUUAAUUAAUCAAAAACAGUCUAAAGUGUUACUAUAAAAAUUAGCUCCUAGUAUAUGACAAAAUAUUCCAAAAUGUUAGAGCUAUGAGUAAAACUGUACCAUUGAUGGUAAAUCAUAUAAUAACACAUUUUAUUUAUAUCAAGAAUGACUGAUGUAAUUAUUGCAUGAAUGCGUUUUGCUAAAUGUUAAUUAAGGUACAGAAUGGCUACUAUACUUAACUUUUCCCGAGUACAGUAGUAUACAUUCAAAUGGCUAAACUUGUUGUUUUUCAUUGUUUUAUUAAUUCUAAAAUUCCCUGACACCUUUCAUUUGUGUUGCAUUCUCUAAUUAGUGAAAAUAAUCUAGGAAAAAUGCCAAGCUUUUAUUUACAGUUCUUGGCUGCCUCUAAGCUGUCUUGCCAAGCUGAUAUUUUCCCCAAAAUGAGAAUGUAUUAUGUGUAUGAUGUCAUAGUAGCCAAAAGUGGUAUUUAAAUGAGUUAAAGAGGCAUAUACCGAUUACCAGAUUUGUACAAAUAUCAUCAGCAUUUGCCUCUUUAAAAUUCUGACAAUCAGGUUCAACCAAACAUUUUUUAAUACUUCCAUGUAAUGCACUUAUAUAAUAAAUAUGUGUGCAAUCAUUCGAUGUUGUAACAUUUUAAUAAAUUAUCAAAAACAUACAUGAAUGACUUAAUACUCCUUUUUAACUCAUUUGGGUGAGCUAUCGUAAUCGUCCACCUAUCUGUGGCAUCUGUCCAUCUGUCUGCCUUUGUAUAAAGUCUUCAAUU